AUGAAUCGUAGAAGCAUCAAUGAAGCAGACCUAGUUCUAAAAAAAUUCAUUGAAGAUCAUUUAGGAUUUAUUAAAGCGAAUAUUACUGAGUUUUGUGUUUUAAGAAAUAUAGAUGAAGUCUGAUUGAAUGGGCUUCUCAUCUUUUUGACAAAUCAACAGCUACAAAAGAACGAUUUAGCUAAAUCCUUCAUAAACGUAGAUAAAGAAAGGGUAUUUGAAAUUGGACUAUUAGAUGAAUUCGAGGAGCUAAAAUUGAAGCAUCAACAAAGUUUAUCAUCAAUGUUUGAUAAACCAGACUAUAUGGAGUAUUCUACGUUUUUACAAAAUUUAGUAACAAGAAUAAUGUAUGAUAAUCAACCAGCAAACAUUAAAGGCAGCAUUUAUGAGAACAUGAAAUCAUUUAGAACAUAUUUUUCGAAUUUCAAGAUCCGUAUGAUAAUAAUUACUGCUGAGUCAAGAGAUAGGAAUUAUAAAAGAAGUAUAAAAUGGCUGCAUACGGAGUUGUAUUUAUUUGUAUGAGGAUAUGUUUUUUAAAUUAAGCUUUCCAGCUGAGUCUGGUAAGCAAUUUGAAGAGAAUAUAGCUUGUCUCUUGCCAUAUCUAGGGAAUAUGAAGGCAUGUAAUUUUUUUACUUCCAUCUGAGAAUGAAGGCAUAAGCACUCACUUUCAGUCGUCAAAAUCGGCAAUAUCAUUUUCAAGUAUCCCUGGCAAUCAAAGCAGGCAUAGUAUAGCGGAUAGUAGAUCCGACUAGUAAAACAUAUUGAGGCCUGGGAUCCAGAGCACCGUAAGGGACAUAAAUAGUCAUAAAUAUAAUAGAUAUAGGAACUACAGAGUAAUUGAAAUGACUUCUCAUGCAGCUAACAUUAUUUUGCUAGUUAUAUUGGAAAAUAAUAUAUUUUUCUUGAUUCUUGACUCAUUCCAAAAACUUUUGGCUCAUCUGAAUAAUAAUGAUUUUGAGAAAAAAGCUCAAGAGUCUAGAGUCAUAACGCUUUCAUGUGGAUGCAAAUUAGAAACUAUUGAUACUUUCUUUACAAAAUGCCCUAAAUGCAACUCCAAUUUGUAUACAUAUGAGAUCGAUCUGAUUAAGAUUAUAAUUAAAUAGUAAUUUAUAAUUACCUCACUUCUCCGAGGCAUGAGCUGCGGAUGGAUGCUAAGUGAUUUAGCUUGACCAGGACCGAAACUUUUCGAUUUCUUGGUAUAGGAACCCUAUAAUCCUAAUCAUAUGGAAGGUACUGGCUCCGCCCUUCUUAAUGCAAGAAAGAUUAUUUUAUUUACUUUGAAAGGAAAUUAUUUUUUUAAAAAAUUUAUUAUUAUAUUAGCCCCUGAAAUAUUUUAGAUCAUUAUUGGCCAUCCAUUUUAAUUUCAAAAAUUAAUUUGUACUUGUCAGCUUUUUUGAAAAGUAAAAACGAAAUGACAAAUCUCCGAUUAUGGUUUAAGGUACCUAAUCAGGCUUAUACUGUAUAAGGCAGGUGCCCUGCACCAUUUUUUUUCUGGUCGGUAUUCUGUUGAGGUAUAGAAUCUAUCAAGGUGCAUGAGCUAUAUUAAUCUUUCGGAAAUUUAGCUCAAUUACGAGUAAAAAGUGCAAUAGGCACAUCACAUUGCCUCUAUAUCAGGCAUCAAUCUGGGCAUUACGUAUAAAAAAAUGCAAAGAAAAAAUUCUUGAAUUAGGCUACUAAUCAGUGGGAAAUAUGCUUAUAGAAAAUUCCUGGGGAUAGCGCGGAAUACGCUAUCCCCAGGACCAACCGGGAUCGGAUCCCACAUGGAACGAGGGUUCCAUGUGUGGAUCCAUUUUUCACACACGUGAAAGUAAAUAUCUCACAUGUAAAAAAUGGAUCCACACAUGGAACUCCCGUUCCAUGUGUGAAUCCGAUCCCGGUUGGUCCUGGGGAUAGCGUAUUCCGCGCUAUCCCCAGGAAUUAUCUAUAUCUCUCAGCCGAACACUAACCUAGCACUUUAAAGUUUCUAUGCCAAAAAAGCCGCAUGAGGAUAUAGAAAUUUCCUAUAGAUGGCGCUGUUUGCCCUUGAUUUGCCCACUGGGGAAAUUUUUUGGUUUUCGACCAGUACCAUAUGGUUUGGUUAAACCAAAAACUUUUCUUCAUGGGCAAAUCAAGGGCAAGCAGCGCCAUCUAUGGGAAAUUUCUAUAGCAGCGACUGGAGAAGAGCCCGCUCAUCACCGACUAUUUCAUGUAUAUAUAUCUAACUGAUAAAAAAGAUAAAAUUGCAUAAAACUGAAAGCCCAGUUGAAAUGAAAAGUAAGUAUGAAUCAUAUUUGAAUCAGAAUCAAGCAUAAACAUAAAAUGGCGACAUUCGUACGGUACCGAUCUGCCGAUCGGCACCAUUCAUUCUGAUUUAUGUUUUAUGAGGCUUGGUUUUACAUAGGAAUUCUAUCCUGGCUGAGGCUAGUCUGCUUGACCAGCCCUUAGGGAGCUUGAAAGGCCUGUGGUUUUUUCCACUUCCAUCCUACGGCAGCGAAGGAGCCUUUACUCGUCAAGGAAGCAGGAUGAAGUCGCUCACUCAUGAGCCGUCGAAGCCGGAACAUCAUUUACAAGCGUGCCCUGGUGCAACAAAGCAGACUGGCCCAGCGGUCUGUGGGUCCGACACGUCUAAAAAAAUGGUGGCAGCUCUGGGUAGCGGCUACCUCGUAGUGGACGUAAAACGUAUAGAUUUUAUCUAAUCUAAUCGAAUCAGAAUCAAGCAAGAAGUAAUCUUAAGAAUAAGGACGAAAAUCUCCCUAGACGUUCAAGUUCUGCACAUAAGGCUGAAACACGAGCAGGGUAUAAUUUAUUGUACGUUGACAUAAUUUAAGGAGGAUCUCCACACGUAGGGACAUUUUCCCGCAUGUAAACAAAAUCCUAUAUGUUGAGUUACUCAAGUUGGAUUUUGGUUACAAGUGUAGGAAAAUGCCCCGACAUGUGGAGACCGCCCCGAAAUUAUGCCAAAGUAUAAUAUCAUUCCAAAGCAUUACUAACAGGAUUAAAGAAAAUGACACCAAAGACAAUCGUAAAAAAAAAGAAUUAACAUAUAAUAUAGACAAUAACAAAAACAAUAGAAGCAAAUCUUUAGCACCUGGAGAAAGGAAUAGGAAUAAUUCGAAAAUAAAUAAAAUUGGGCCACUACCUAUUGAGAAAAAUCAAUCACCAAAACAACUCAAAGGUGAGAUUACACAUGCUCCUUGAAAUACUUUUGUGAAACUUACCGAAAAAGAGCACUAUACAACAAAAGACUUUAAUGGCACAAUUAUAAUUGACAAUUUGCAACACAAAGAUGAGGUCAAAAAUGUUUCUUAUGUAAAAAACAGAAAUAAACCUGAAGAUAAGGGCGAAAUCAGCAAUAAUGUUAUGAAAUUCAUCGAAAAAGAAUUAGUUUCACCAAGAAAUUUAAAUAGCACAAUUCAUAAACUUAUGCUCAAAAAUCCUAUUGAAUUAAAUUUUAAAUCAAAACCCGUUCCAAUUAAAUCAAUAAACAAUCUCUCCACUUCAAUUAAGCCUGCAGCAUCUCAUAAUAUUGAAGCAAAGUUUUUAGCCAACCAAGAGAAUACAAAAAAUCAUUCAUCAAAAUAUAAUUCUUUAAAGUAUAGAUCAAGCUCUAGACAAGCACAACCAUCAAAAACGUCUGGAGAUGUUGCAAACCCUACUAAACGGCCCUCUUCUACAUCUGCAAUGAUAUGGAAGUAA